CCCAAGCUGCCCGUCUGCUUCAGCCAUGGAUUGUUCGGGUUCGACCAGCUGACGCUGAUGCCGUCGGUCACCAUCUCGUACUGGCGCGGUGUGAUCGAGGCGCUCGAGGCGAACGGGUGCGAGGUACUAGUGUGCCGCGUGCCGAUGUCUGCGAGCAUCCAGGAGCGCGCGGCCGCGCUCAAGGCACAGAUUGAGGAGCGCUUCGCCGGCCGCGAGAUCAACAUUGUCGCGCACAGCAUGGGCGGGCUCGACUCGCGCUACCUCGUCUCGCAGCUGCGCCCGUCGUUCAGCAUCAAGAGCUUGACGACGAUUACGACGCCGCACCGCGGCAGCACGUUUGCCGACUUUAUGCUCGACAAGGUUAUCGGGCGUGACAAGCUUGCACGCCUGCUGAGCAUGCUUAAGUCAGUCGGUCUACCCGGUGGCGGACGGGCGUUCGAGAAUCUGGCCGUCGACGCGAUGCACGAGUUCAACAAGCGCGUCCCGGACCACCCAGCGACGCGCUACUACUCAUGGGGCGCGCAAUUCACGCCGAGCGUCUGGAACGAGUUCCGUAUCCCGCACGGCAUUAUCUACGAAGCCGAGGGUGCCAACGACGGCAUGGUUUCCGUCGAGAGCAGCAAGUGGGGGCAGUACCAAGGUACCCUCGACAACGUCAGCCACCUUCAGAUCGUCGGCUGG